AUGGUCCAUUCGAGGAAACCAGAAACGCCCGCCCUUGGUCUCGCCCUGAGGACGGUGAUAGUACUGUCCUCACUCCACGCCGACAGUGUCAGGAAUGAGGAUGUGGCCGGCGAUGGCAAUAUCACAUCAACGGCCCCAGGAUCACAAACGCUUCAACUGUAUGGGUUGAAGCCUGAUCCCGGAUUUUGGACGGUCUUCGGACCGGUGCACGGGCCAACUGACCGUGGGAUGACCGGCCAGACCGUCCUCGGACCCCUCCACGAAUACGUGGCACGCCGGUAA